GAUAUUAUUUAUAACAUAUUGUUAUUUAAUUGAAAUAUAAAUUAUAUAACUUUUGAAUAGUAGAAUCUGAACUCAAACAUUUGCAAAAUGAUAUUUUAUUAAAUAUAUCUCUUUUGAAAUUUUAAUUAUUGAUUUAUUUACACGUAUCGUAAUUAAUUGUUAUAUUUAGUUAUAAUCAUUUUUAUUAUAUUUUCUUUUUGAUUAUAUUUAAUUUUAAAAAUAUGCAAUUAUUAUUUUUGUUAGUGCUAUAUUUAGCACCAUCCUGGCGCAAAAUGUCUUUUCAUCAUUGUAAUGCGCAUUGUAAUUUUCGUUCAUACAAAAAUAAUAUGAAUAUCUUGUAUUAUUACAAUAUUAAAUUACAUUAUUAUUUAAUACAAAACUAAAAUCUAACGUCAAACAUCAAAGAUGAUCUAACCUCUUGCAGAAUUUUAUACGCAUCGCAUCUUCCACGAUUCAAGAUUACAGAUACGUCCUUUAAAAAUAAUAUUUUUGCGCUUAUAUAUCACAAUCUAUAGUUAGCUCGUGUUCUAUUUAUGUAAUCUUAAUUUGACAUCGGAUCUCACCUUCAUAUGCUGUCAAACGAACAUAGGUAAAUCUAACCUUUUUUCAUCCACUACUCUUUUUGCAAGAUUUUUUGCAAAGUAUACGAUAUCAUAUAGUUUUGAUGAUACUGAAGCUUAUUGACAUUAGUUACGUGCCCAGCCAUGCAAAAGCUCACUGCCAAUUACUAUUUGUGUCGCAAAAAUUAUUCAAAAAUCUAACUCGUUUAAAACAUAUCAACAACUGGUUAUUCGUUGAUCGAUAGCAAUCAUGUCAAAAAAUGUGAACGACACAGCGUCAUGUGUUAGAAUUAAUGAUGUAUGAAUAGAAUCAGUACCAUGUAUGAAUAUUAAUAUUUUAGUGAUAAAAAAUAUUUUGUAUAUAAUGCGUGUAAAAUAUUUGAUGAAUUUAUGUUAUUACAGAAUAUUCUGAAAAAAAUAAUUCAUAAUGGGACACGAUAUAAAUUCAGAAUCUGAAAGUAUUUUGUCUGAAUCUAAUAACAUGAUAAAAGACACUGACGUUGUUGUUGAAAUUAAAAAAGAUAAAAAGCCAUAUAAAUGCACUUAUGAUGGGUGUAAUUUAUCUUUUCUGAGACCAUCAAGAUUAAAAAGACAUAUAAGAUUUCAUACAGGAGAGAGAAAUUACAAAUGUACUUAUCCAGAAUGCAAUAAAGCUUAUACUAAUAAUUGUCAUUUAAAACGGCAUAUAAAAACCCACAGUCAAACGAAGCAGUUGUAUAUGUGUCCAGAAUGUUCAAUAUGUAUUAGUAAUCAACAUAACUUGAAACGUCACUAUAACACAGUGCAUAUGAAUUAUGAUAAAUUAACUUGUAAAGAAUGUAAUUUUACUUUUGCCAAAAAGUAUCAGUUGAAGAUACAUAUGGCAGAACAUAAUCGAGUUCUGUAUAAGUGUAGUGAAUGUGAUAAAAGUUUUAUAAAUCCUAAAAAAUUUAAAAUACAUAUAUCAUAUCAUGAAAAAGGAGGUAAACAAUAUCCAUGUAGUAUACCAGGAUGUAAUGAAGUUUUUCAAAAAUGGAUGUUUCUUUGUGCUCAUAUGAAAACCCAACAUGUAUCUGAUUAUAAAUGCACGAAAUGUGAUAAAACGUUUUUAAACAAAAGGCAUUUAAAAAUUCAUUCUCAAGUUCACAUGGAAGAUAGAUCUGUUAUACCUUGUCCAUAUGAAAAAUGUCCUCGUAGUUAUUACUUUAAAAAUAAUUUAACUCAUCAUAUAAGAACUUAUCAUCUUGGGGAGAAAUAUGAAUGUGAUAUAUGCAAAGUCAAGAUUGGAACAAAACAAAGAUUAGCGCAACACAUUCAGAAACUACAUAUGUCUGAAAGAAAAAUAAAAGAGAUCAAAAAGAAGUCACAGCGUAAAAAACGAAAAGAUGCUGGUGUAGCAAAAAGAAGCGCAGUAUCCAAAUUAGUUGGAAUUAACUUGCCGCUAAAAGUAGAAAAAAUGGUAUUAAAAAGAGAAGACUAUAUAGAAUAUUUCGAAGAAUUUGAAACAAAAUCAAGUGGUUUAGAUUGUUAUUGAUUUUUGUCUCUAAUAUGAAACUUUCAAAUGAAGUAAUUAUUUUAUAUUUUAUCAUCUACUUUUCUUUUUUUUAUUUCUUUUUGGCUAUAUUAUAUCUUGAUACUGAAUUGUAACAUGUAAUUUUUUUUUUUUUUGUAACU